GUAUGAUGUUGACAAAUGUGGACAUGUGGGGGUCACUCUCAGUUCCUGUUUGGAUGAUCAAGUCGCUGUGUGGUUGUCACUUUGUCACUGAAGCGAUAGAAGAAAGCGUCAACGUUCAUGCGGUGCUUCAACAUUGUAAUACUACAAGAUGGAAGGCUUUAUCAUACCACCUGCCUCUGAGGAAACAAUCCAAAGCGAGCCAGAGAGUUAUCGACCUCCGACAGAGUUGUACCCUUACCUCACUACUGUGGGGGAUGUUUACGAAGACUACAGAUGGAGCUACCACACGGAGCACAACCAACCGACAGACUAUGACCAUUAUCCAGCCGGUCAGUUCACAGAGCUUCAGUCUGUGGUUCCUCCGCAACUGCUUCAUCCUUACCACUACAGUGUAGAGAACCAUCUUCACCUGGAGCAACCUCCCUCUAUCUCAAAUUACACCCCAUCGGUAUACUAUCAGUACCAGACGUCUGCCUCGCCUGCCCACUACUACUCAGAAGAGGAACAAAGAGGUUUCAGCCCCCCUCUUGAAGUAUCAGAAGGAGAGGAUGUAUCUGAACACCACAGCCUUCCAUCCAUUAAGAAAGAAAGCAACAAGAAGAAAAUCCGCUUGUACCAGUUUCUCUUGGACUUGCUGAGAAGGGGUGACAUGAGUGAUUCUGUUUGGUGGGUGGACCAGGAAAAGGGUAUCUUCCAGUUCUCAACUAAACACAAAGAAGCUCUGGCAAGUCACUGGGGAUUCCAGAAAGGAAAUCGCAAAAAAAUGACCUACCAAAAGAUGGCUCGUGCGCUGAGGAACUAUGGUAAAACGGGCGAGAUUCAAAAAGUGAAAAAGAAGCUGACGUACCAGUUCAGUGAGGAAGUUCUAAGGAACUUUUAUUCUCAUCAAUGCUCUCACUGAGAGGGGCUUUUUUUUUUACAGUUAGAUCAUUACUAUCAAUAUUGUGACAUGAAUUGUAUAAUUUCAUUAUUUUUGAAGCCCAGUAAGCUAUGUACUUUUUUGUUGUCAUUGUCAAAUCAAUAAAGUUUAUUUAAUUGAACAAAAUACACUAUUUGAGAUUUCUAAAAAUUACUUUUCCUUCAUAGGGCAAACAGGGUAGCAAGUGGACCCUAUAAAGACGUUUCGAAAGAGGUUUGUGAUGUCACACUUAGGCAGGCUUCCUUAAAUGGACGUGCGCUGUAGGCCAGAUAUGCUCUCUGUCCUUCCCCAAGCUCUGCUUCUGUUUAUACUGUCAGCAAUGGCUCACAGGAAGUGUUUCUUCAAGGGAAAGAUACAUUUGUUUAUGAUUCCUAAAGACGCCACCAUCAGACACAAGUGUUUGGAGUUCCUGAUACCAUACCAGCAAAAGGAAGCAUUGUGUAGCAUUAUAGAAUGUGCAUACAUGUAGUGGGGUGCAAAUUGCAAGCUUACCGAAUCUGGAGGUGCUGAUUGCCAUUUCCCACAAUCAGUGGGGGUACCUGAACACUGGUAGUCCCACAACAAACCUGUAAUGACCACAUUACACGUUACCCAUGCUGUAGAAAACCCAAUGCUAAAAUGCUAAAGCUACUUACCAUUGAGAGUCAUCUUGAAGUAACCUUCAGACUGUCCAGUCUCUACUUCCGGAUCCAACACGUAUGGCUGUAUGUUACAAGUGGACAUUGUAAAAAGACCAACUCCUAUACCAUUUAUCAACUCCUGUAAAGUUGGGUUCGCAGCUAGCGGCACAACACCGAAUG